AUGUCUAACACGAUAGAUACGGCCAAGCUGGCGCUGAUAUCCCAGGGAGCGGCCUAUGGUCUGCUUAUUGGGCUUGGUGUUGUCUUUUGUGGUGUUAUUCUCAUCGCAGUUAAGGUUCAAAAAGCGUAUCUGGCGGAGGAUUCUGGAAAAUCUGAAAUGUUCAUGGUCGCCAAUCGAUCUGUUGGCACGGGCUUAACUGCAUCUGCGGUUUUCUCGUCAUGGAUGUGGAUUAAUGAGACAGUUUUGGCAGCUGCGAUGUGCUAUAGAUAUGGACUUGCAGUUCCUUUGUGGUGGGGAUCUGGCCUUUGUUUCCAGAUCGCAUUAAUGGCCGCACUUGGCGUAAUGGCCAAGAUCCGAGUGCCGUAUGCUCAUACCUCCCUUGAGAUCGUGCGUAUGCGAUAUGGCAAGAUCGGACAUCUUGUUUUUGUCGUGCUCAAUCUUGUAAACAACGUUUUUGGUUGCGCCUCCAUGAUCAUGACCGGAUCCCAGCUGAUCUACGGGGUAUCUGGAAUGCACUUUGUUGCAGCUACUAUCCUCAUCCCACUUGGAGUGGUUCUCUAUACAGCAGUGGGUGGUCUGAAGGCCACAUUCCUGACUGACUUCUUACACACGGCGAUUGCAUUGAUCCUCAUCAUUUACUUCACGAUCGCCGUUCUGACCAACAAAGAGGUCGGUGGAUUGGGCGGCCUGUAUGAUAAGGUCGUAGCGACAGCUGGCGAUAAUUAUAUCCCUGGGAACUAUGAGGGCUCUCUACUCACAUUUAAGUCCAAGAACGCCAUUAUCUGGGGAUUGAUUCUAAAGUUCGGAAACCUGGCCCUCGUUGUCAUGGAUACCGCGUUCUGGCAAAAAUCAUUCGCAACCGAAGUCCAGGCCACAGUGCCAGGAUAUAAUAUUGCUGCGCUGGCCGUGUUUGGUAUUCCAUGGGGCCUCGGAACAGUCCUUGGAUUAACUGCCCGAGCAAUCCACAACACUCCAAUCUUCCCGACAUACCCUGGUGCUCUCACUUCGACGGAAGUCAGCAUGGGAAUGGUUAUGCCAUACACGAUCAAAGCACUGAUUGGAGACAAAGGCAUAAUCGGGUUCUUCUUUCUGCUGUUCAUGGCCCUGACGAGCACGAUCUCGUCUUCCAUGAUCGCUGUCAGCAGUAUCCUCUCAUAUGAUCUCUACAAGACCUAUCUAAAUCCGAAGGUAACAGAUAAACAGCUUGUCCGGGUUAGUCAUUUGACUGUGGUAAUCCACGGCGUCUUUAUCACUGGGAUUUCGAUCGCGAUGAACUAUGGAGGCGCGAACAUGACCUGGAUCAAUUAUCUACGACCGAUCAUCUCAUGCCCUGGAAUUCUACCGCUUAUUUUCACUUUGUUCUGGUCUCGUCAAACCAGAUUGGCUGCAAUUGUCUCACCUGUUCUUGGCUUUUUCACUGGUCUUGCCGUCUGGCUCGCAACAGCCAAGUCAAUGUAUGGUGCUGUUGACAUCGCCGCCACUUCAAAUAACUAUCCUGCCCUCUACGCCGCUAUCGCGUCUUUCUUCUCGCCGGCACUGUACUCAGUUAUUUUGUCGCUUUACCGACCUUCCACAUUUGACUGGAGGGAAUUCCUGCGCAUUGAGCUUGCAGACGAGGCUCAAAUACAUGCGGCGUCAGACACAAGCACACUGAACGAAAGUAGCGAGGAGGAUCAGACAGACGAAAAGCGUGUCACCGGGUCUGUGAAACCAGUUGCCGACGGACCUUCGGAAGCCAACUCUGACCUCGAACACAUUGGCGCCAGCGAGAAGAAUGCUCCGUCGGCUAUUUCAUCGCCUGGCUCAGUCGAGAUUAGCUUGGACAAUAUUCAACAUCCAUUCGACGAUGCAACUCUGAAAGAGCUUUACCGAUGGCUGAAAAUCGCCUGCUAUAUGUUUGUGGCUAUUGUGUUGGUCACAUUUGUUGCUUGGCCACUUCCUCUCUACCGUGACUAUAUUUUCACAAAACCAUUCUUUGCGGGGUGGGUAACGGUGUCAAUCAUCUGGCAAUUCGGUGCAUUUGGCGCUGUUGUCAUUUAUCCACUGUAUGAUGGACGCCGCGAAAUUGCCACUGGCACCAGAGGUAUUUGGACCUCCUCGUUAGAGUACUUCGGCAAGAAACGAACAGCCUAG